AUGCGUGUAUUCCCUCCGGAGCCCGCCAACCUGGACUGGUCCACCGUGACCCUAACCAACUUGCCUCAGACCAAUGGACACGUCGAGGUCCACUACUCGACAUCGCAGCAGACCUGGAGCACGCCACAGCUAGUCCAGAACCCAUACCUGCGGGUGCACGGGUUGGCCCCCGGGCUCAACUAUGGCCAGCAAUGCUACGAGGGAAUGAAGGCGUUCCGCACCCAGCCGGGGGGCCAGCCUAUCAGCAGCAUCCACAUCUUCCGGCCGCAGGCCCACGCUGCACGGCAGCGCAAGUCGGCAGCGCUGGUACUGCUCCCCCAGGUACCGGAGGAUCUGUUUCUGGAGUGCGUCCGCAUGGCGGUCGCAGCCAACGCUGAGUUUGUGCCGCCUGACACCGGCUUCCUUUACCUGCGGCCGGUGCUCUUUGGCGCGGGCCCGCAGCUGACGCUGCGACCGCCCGAGGACAUAAUCUUCGCCGUCUAUGUGGCGCCGCUGGGCGGCAACUACGCCCCCGUCUGGCCCUUCUCGGCCCAGGCGGCCAAGGCGGGAUUCGCCCUCACCCUGCAUCUCGACAGUGAGACCCGGUCGUCGGUGGAGGAGUUCAGCACUAGUGGCUUUGUGGGCCUGGUCGCCUCCGAUGGGAAGCGCGAAGUCCACGUCCCGGACACCCCUAAUGCUGUCCGCAGUGUGACCAGCGAUUCACUCCUCGCGCUGGCCCAGCAGCAAGGAUGGAAAGUCCACCGCGAAAAGAUCACGUUUGCUGGGCUCGAUCGUUUUUCGCAGGUCUUUGCCGUCGGGACUGGCGCAACCACCGUGCCUGUGCGGUCCAUCACUCGCCCAGCCACUGGGGAGAAGUAUGACUUCAGUCCAGAUGGACCGGGGGCCGACCUUGCGAACAAGCUCCUGGAGGUUUAA